UAUACGCUUGCUCUCGUCAUCUCAUGGCGGCCUCCCCCGAGCUGAAAGCGCACCCGCGCCGGCGCAAGACAAACACAGCGGCCCAGACGAGCAGGCACGCGAUGUCCAAUGGCCUCUCCCAGCGACGAGCCUGCCAAUGGCGCGCACCCUCCUGCUGACGACCACGGCGCAGACUAUCCACCUACGCCCCGCCGCGACGGGGCGGACACCGAUUCCAACAACCGUGAAUCUGCCGACCGUGGCGAGAAACAGGUCAAGCCUAACAAGGUCUACAUCGGCGGUCUGCCCGAACAUACGCGUAAGGAAGACCUGGAGAGCUGCUUUGGAAAGAUUGGUAACAUUGUGAACAUUGAGCUAAAAGUUGGUUAUGGCUUCGUGGAAUUUGACAACCGCGAGGCUGCAGAAGAGAGCGUAGCGAAGUAUCAUGAAGGUUAUUUCAUGGGCAACAAGAUCCGCGUCGAGUUAUCAAGAGGCGGCGGCCGGACAGCGAAGUACAGCAACGAUCCCGGCGCUUGCUUCAAAUGCGGACAGUUGGGACACUGGGCCAGAGAAUGUCCGAACGUACCACUACCGGGACGGCGACCUCUGGACGCGCCUUUAAUUGACCGCAUCCAACCACCCCGGGACUACCUGCCACCUCCCCGUGACUACCCGCCCUACAGGGAUGACUAUCGUUACCCGCCCCGGGAUGCUCGCUAUGGCUAUGACUAUCCUCCGCCACCUAUUCCAGGGCGUGACUAUAGACGACCACCCUCACCACCUCCUCGGGACAUCCGUGACUACCCUCCGGCUCCUGUGCGCUCGACCCGCGACUACGAUGACUACAGGUCGAGAGGGCCGCCUCCUCUGCCGUCUCUGCCACCUCCGCCCCCUCGCUAUGAUUCUCGGCCUAGCUACUAUCCGCCUGAGGGUGAUGUUCCUCCUGGCUACCCUCCUCGUGGCUACCCUCCGCCGCCUCCUCGUGAUUACUAUGACCGCUACGAUCGGAGAGCUCCACCACCUGCUGACCGGUACGCCUACGCAUCUGGUGCUCCGCCGCCUGCUGCGAGACCCAGAACGCCGCCUGGUGCGCCGCCGCCUCGCUCUCGAGAUGAGUAUGAACGGCCUCCUCGGGAGUACUCGGCGCCUGUUCCGGAGACACGCGCUAGGCCUGCAUCACCACCGCCGGCAUCCUCCCGCUACGCAGAGUAUCCUCCUCGAGGUGCUAGCCCACCUAGGUUUCGCCGUCGUUCUCAGAGCCCUCCCCCACGGUCGACCUCUGGUGCCUAUGACUCUGCCGCCUAUCGAGGGAGCUCGGGUGCAGCAUACAAUGGGGGCUCUUCUGCGGCUUAUGGAGGCAACGGUUACGCGAAUGGCGCUGCUUCUAGGGGCUCUGAUAGAGACUAUCCUCCGCGCAGUUCUCGGGACGAGGCCUAUAGGCGGCCGUAGGACCGACUCAGCUUCACAUAAAAUCACUAUGCGAUGUCCCGGAGGGCCUGGUCUUGCGUGGCUUUCUUGCGCUCUUGACGCCCUCUGCGCGGUCUUCGUCCCGUGGCCCCUACUCGUGCUGUCGAUGUCCCCAAGAUCUACCUUCUCUUGAAUCGAGCCUUGCCGUUACUAGCGAGCUCUGCGACCGUGCUCCCUCAUAUUCUCAUCCACGAUUUUGUACUGCGCCUGCUAGCUUAGCUGACCCGGGCCGUCUUGCGUAUGUGUGC